AUGCCGCUCUGCGAAGGAUGCGGCCGCCUCAAUCCGGGCUAUUCGUCUAAACCCACAGCCGACGAACUGGCGGACGAAAUCAUCCAAAUCGAAGCUCUCAUGAGCAAGCUAUCGGAGAGGCGAACCAUCAUUCGACGCAGAAUCAACACACUCGCACCGAUAUCUCGACUUCCCUCAGAAAUCCUACUCGAAAUUUUCACCCUCUACUGCAAAGCCGAACCCGACACUGAAGCACCUCACCCUUCCCCGCUUUUCCUCGGCUCCGUUUGUGUUGCUUGGCGCACCCUCGUUUGGAGCACGCCUCUUCUCUGGCGAUCGAUUCACAUAAACGUGUCCUUGGCCCACCGAACACGCCGGGCAGAUGUUCUCUUGGAGUGGCUCAUGCGAGCGCGAAGCGUUCCCCUCCACAUCAAACUCACUGCAACAGAGGAAGAUGAAGACGUGUUCAGCUCGAUACGCUCCACUAUGGCCAUUCUUCUGCGACGAUCGGAGCAGUGGGGCUCCAUCGACUGCAUCCUACCCCCGCAAUGCCACGAUAUGCUAGCCGCUCAUCGAUUCCCCAACCUCAAGUCCGUCACCUUCCGACCUCCGAAAGGAACGAUCUCGACAUUCAGUCGCCCGCCGGACAUGUUCCUUAAUACACCUUCACUGACCGACGUCGACCUCUCCGGGUACGACUAUUCCUCCAUGGUUCUACCCUGGCACCAGUUACACAAAUUCCGGACGCAAUUCCUGCGCGUGGCGGAAUGCCUUGCAAUUCUCCAUCGUUCGCCAAACCUCAUUCACUGCGACCUUGACCAUAUCUAUUCCGUUGAAACAGCGCCCAACUCUCUUUCGCCACCAAACUCUCCGAACGCACCUUCGAGGCACAUUCACGAGAAUCUGGAGGUUCUCGAACUUGGGUUCAUCAAAGGUUCUGCUGCAGAAUCCUUCUUCAACUCAGUCUCGCUUCCUUCGUUGCGCGAGCUCGCGCUUCACUUUGGACAUGAGAACAGUGUCGCCUUCCCUCCUACCUUCCUACGCGCUCUGCAUUCGUCGGCUGCAUUCGUCGGUCUCCAGAAGCUCAGUCUAUCGCAGGGCUCGUUGGACGACCAGGACGUGAUACAGUGCUUGGAACUCCUCCCGACGCUGGUCGAACUCAAAAUACGCAACACGAGCACAUCGUCGUUUGGGGAUUCGAUUUUCGACGCUCCAAAAGGACUGUCGAGGCGACUGAUCAGUCGGCUGUAUCGUCGUGAGGGUGACCCUAAGGAGGUCCUUGUACCCAAGCUAAGGUAUUUCGAGUAUGAGGGCAACCUGGUGUGUGGAGUAGGCGACUUGGUGAACAUGCUUGCCUGGAGGUUGGAGCAAGAGAUGGGUCGGCAUAGUGGUGUAGAAAAGCUGGAAUCAUUCGUUCUCGUUGUCCCAUCCUGCGCUACGCUUGACGAAGGACAGAGGUCUCUGAUACGGUCAUUGGCAGAGCGAGGUGUGGACCUGCGGAUUCUUCAAAGGGGAAAAGGAUUGUAA